AUGGGCGAUUUGGUGUUCACCGAGCAGGUCCUUCGGGACCUGUUCCUGAGCCUGGACACGAGCGGCGACGGCUACCUGAGCUAUCAGGAGCUCUGGGACGGUCUGAACGGCAGCGACGUCGACUGGGACGAGCUCAACACCGAGAAGCAGCUCGUCAUGGACAGGCUGUGGGUGCAGGCGGACAAGGACGGGAACGACAGGGUCAGCUUCGCGGAGUUCUGGGAGCUCAUCGCCGCGUCUCGGUCCCCGACGGAGGAGGAGAUGUCCCGAGCGUACGAGUUCUUCAAGAUGCUGGACAAAUCGGGAGACGGCCUCCUCGAUAGACUCGAGAUCCAGGAGGGUCUGCGCGACCCUCGCAUCGACUGGACCCUGCUCGGCUUCGACGCGGACGUCAACGAGCGACACGUGUUCCAGCUGGCGGAUUCCGACGGCGACAACCGCGUCACCUUCGACGAGUUCUGGAAGGUUGUGCUCAAGAACGUGUCGCAGAAGGAAGCCGCGAAAGCCAGGGCCGCCGCGCAGAUGGUGUCGUUGGUGGAUUUCGCGCUUUGGUCCGCGAAAGACGUCGGGGACUGGCUCGAGGACGUCGGAUACGGCCAGUACAGAUCGGCGUUUGAGGCGAAUAACAUCCACGGAUACGCGCUGAUGCGGCUGACGUUCGACGCGCUGCCGAGGCUGCAGGUGCGGGAUUUUACGCACUGUCGCGGCAUCAUGUCCGCGCUGAGGCGUUUGCGGGGCGCGGAACCGCACGUGAUGGAGACGUACGAGGACUGCAUGGGCAAAACGGCGUUUCACCGAUCGGUGGGGUUGACGCACGAUCAUCUGCGGACGCUUCGGAUGGGAACGGGGACAGACUUCGAGGACGAGGAACGGACGAUUCGCGACGACCUGGCGCGACCGCAGAUGAUCAUCCGGGAGGCGGUCUAG